UCUUAAUGUUUCCUUGCCAUCUCUUUGAGUUCAGUGUCGUUAAUGAUUGGAAAUUGUAUUUUAUCGUCUAAACGGGGCCUAAUAUCGGGAAUUUGAUUAUAUUAUAACAUUCAUGGAUGUCUUUUCGCCUAAGAGGGAGAGUUAGUGGAUUGCAGCAGCUAAACGAGUGGACUGAUAUUCUGUUACAUGAUUUGCACUCUUCUGCACCUUCUGAUAAAAAUUCCUUUGAAUCUAAUUCACACAAAGAGGACAAUUUAAAGAAAAACAAGGACAUGGCUAAGGAAAUCAAACAGGGGAGGCGGGCUGCACAGAUUACCCAACCUCAACAGGAUGCUGAGGAGGAUAUUUUAGAUGCAGCUCUUGGAGACAUAGCAACUGAAAGUAACAAUGCAUUUGCUGCCAUAGAAAAUGAUCAGCCUCCACCAAAACCAUCAAGAAGACAGGGAGGCUGGGCAGAUGACACACCCAAAGAGAAGAAGAAAGGGAGAAGAGACGUGGAAACCUUCCAAGAAGAAGAUGAAAGACUCAAAAUUGAUAACUCAGUUACGCAAGAUGAGGAUGAUGGUGAUAUUCCUGUCAUCCCAGACUUGGAGGAUGUUCAAGAAGAGGACAUGAUGACACAGAUUGCAGCCCCACCCAGUGUGCAAGUAAACAGAGUGGCGACCUACAAAGAACUGGACAGUUAUUUUCAGAAACAAUCAGCGCUCUUUAAUGUUAACUUACUGGAUGGAGAAAUAGACCUCAAACUUCUGACGAACGUUUUGUCACCAGAAACGGAGGUAUUUGAGGAAGAUAAACAGUGGGACUGGGACCGACUAUUCACUGAAGUUGCGUCUGAGCUGCAAAGUGAGUGGAACACAGACAAAGUAACCGAGGAAGUUGAGGAAUCCUAGAGUAAAAUAUCGCACUGUAAAGCUUAACAUAAACAUUUUAACUUAUUGAAGAUGAAGGAUGGCGUUGGACCAAGGAUUAUCCCACUUUAUGAAGGCAACGCAGACGAACUCAGUAAUCAAGCAAAAUGUUCAGCCGUUUUGUUGCCAUCUUGCGUCGUUUCUCCAACUUAUUUGAAUUUUUCUUUCUUGUGCAUCGGUAUCUGUUACACAGUUUUUCGUUGGUUUGAUAUUUCGUCUUUGUAAAUAGUAGCGUAUACCAUCAGUACAUUGUACAUUGCUGACCUGGAGAUAAUUAUUUAAGUAUCUCAAAAUAAAAAAAAAAGUAGUAAC